UGACAUACUGACGCACUGAAGUAAACAUUUUAUCGCUUAUUGUAACAGGUUAAAAAUACACGUACAGAUCAUGUUACCAUCCUGUCAGCCGGCCUGAGAUGUCCACACCAUCUGCACCGAAGCUGUAGAGACGCAAGGCCGUCCAAGAUAGAUCAAAUUGCAGGAGACAGUCCAGCAAACAUGGAUGACCUGCUAACUGAACUUCUGGAGCUGAAUUCUAAACCGGUAUCGUAUGCAGAAAGACUGGAGAAAGCCCGUGACAUGAUGCGGACCCGGCGGCGAAGACAGGUGUUCCAGCUGCUGGGGAGGGAGAUCGCCAUCUGGGAGAGUGAUGUGGGGGAGGAGACGGACCUGGCGAUAGGGAAGCGCCUCUGGCCCGGGGGAGUGGCGUUUGCUGAGUUUCUGGAGUCCGAGAAUUUCAACAUGACGUUUGAAGACAAGAAAGUGAUCGAGCUGGGAGCGGGGACAGGACUCGUGGGCAUUGCCUUAAGCUUUCUAGGAGCUGACGUGACCCUGACUGACCUACCUGACAUCAUUUCCUACACGGAAGAGAACGUGUUAAUGAAUACCAUGAACGACAACACACCAUUGUGUAGAUAUACUCCACAGGUGCGCCCUCUAACGUGGGGCCAGGACCUUGCAGAAUACCCAAGGAACAAUCCACGAUAUGACUACGUCAUCGGAAUGGAGUGUGUGUACAUCGAGCCCGUUUUUAAUGACCUCAUCGCCACCAUCAAACACCUGAGUAGCGAGGACACCGUUAUUCUCAUUGGAUACCAUGUAAGGAUCAAGGCACGGGAGGAGAAGUUUAGAAAACUGUUUUUCGACAAUUUCAAUGUACUAGGUGAAUUUGCUGUGAAGGGUCCAGCGUUCACGGUGCUAAUGGCCAGAGCUCUACCCGGGGAAAACACUUCGUGACGCAUUCGUAUUCGUCCAAGAUUUGACGUGGCGUUACUUGAUGGCAUUGGUAUAAUACUUGUCUACGAGGGCUACAUAUUCGGUAUCUAUCCGAUCAACUUAUGUUGAUCUUACAAGUAUCGUCUAGUAAUAAUAAUGUGUCUGAGUCUGAUGAAUGAUCAGGUGUCGUAUACUUCUCACCCCAACGUCUGUAUUUGGUAUUGUACAUAGCAACUUUAAUUUUGAUCGAUAUCUCUGAAAAUUUUGACGGUAUCGUAUGGAUCAGUACUUGGCAACUGUAUCGGUUAAAUGUUACUUUUGAUGGUUCUACAUAAUGAAAAAUGUAAACAGAAUAAAAAAAGCUUUUAAAAGACUAAGUAUUUACUUCAAUGAUAGGUAGAUGUGUUUGCUUUUGUUUUAUCAUUCGCGCGUUUAUGUUUGUUAGAAAAAGGGCACUGUUGGUCCCGUCUGCCAUUGAACUUGAGUACGUGACGGUUUCUAAAUAACAGCGAUAGGCAGCCCAACCUUCUUCUAUAUAUUUCCAUCUGUCUCGCCCUUGGUCGACGUGAUACUCUGUACGUCCAUAGUGGUAAAACAUCCCGCCCUCUUCACAAUUUGUGACACCAUUCCAAGAAAACGCGAAACAAGAUACCAAUAUCGUCUGCCACCACGUAACAAACCUUCUCACCUAAUAUCCAUGUUUGGCGUUAGACUUCGCAACAUUGGAUCUGGAUGAUAUUUCUGGACAUUUUCGAUGGUAUCGUGUAGUACAGUACUUGGCAAAUACAGCGGUUGCGGAACGGUCCACAUAAAGAUGAAAAUAGCUCAUAAUAAACAUUAACGAUCAAACAGUAUUCUUCAUAUUCUGGAUGCCCACAGAGGUCUAUUUGUAAUGCAUGAAUUUGACCAUGACUAUUAUGUCAACAGUAAUUUGAUCUAGAUUGAAGGGGAAGAGAAUGUCCGAAAUCACUACCAGUUGGCACACGCGGAAUUUCUACUUGACCAGUCUAGACCAGUUCACACUAGCUGGUGAUUUUUUUUUAAAUCCGUGUGGUCCUACAGCCGUUUGAAAGCUCCAUUCAUUUCACCGUGUACUAGCACGAGGCAAGAGAUAGCACCUGGAAGAAAUGUCCUCAGAGAAUUCGAAGGAGAGGGCACAGGAGUUAAUGAGAAAGAGGUGCAGGAUGAGACCGUAUUAUUUCGUCGGCAGGGAGAUCGUCAUUUGGGAAAGAGAUGUUGGCGAGAACACGGAAGAGGCCAUCGGGAAAAGGAUCUGGCCAGGGGGUGAGGCGUUUGCCGAAUACCUUGAGUCUGGUGAGCUUUCAUUGGAAGACAAGAAGGUCAUCGAGUUGGGAGCCGGCACCGGCUUGGUUGGAAUCGUUGCGAGUCUCCUCGGCGCUGACGUCACCAUCACCGACCUUCCCGACAUCCUCCCCUGUACGGCUGAGAACGUGACGUCCAACACGAUGGAAGGACAGAGCUGUGUAUGCAAAUAUCACCCUACGGUGCGCCCCCUAACGUGGGGAAAGAACCUUGCAGCAUUUCCAACAUACGGCGUCCAUUACGAUUACGUCAUCGGGAUCGAAGUUGUGUACAUCGAAGACGUUUUCCAAGAUCUCAUCACCACCAUCAAAUACCUGAGUGAUAAAGAUACGCGGAUCCUGAUUGGCUACCAGAUCAGGGUCAAGGAAAGGGACAGCAAGUUCGUCCGUCUUUUCAAGGAACAUUUUCGUGUCGUAAAGGAACAAAGCAUCAUGGGUAACCGGAUGAAAUUGAUAGAGGGGAGACUCAGAUGAUGCUAAAUUAUUCAUUUCUACGUCAUCGGCUGUAACGCGAGACUUCAGCUAUAGAAAAUUAAAAUGCAGUUGCAGUUUCAUGUUUCAUGUGUGCGUUUAUGUACAUCGCAAAUAGAAUUCCGGACAUUUUACAGCAAUAUACAAAUAUCCGGGUGAGAAAAUGCAUACAGACAGCUGUAUAGAAUGAUGAAAAUUAAGAUGUAUAAGUUGAAUUACAGUUGACUGAAUCCUGAG